CACCCCUUGCCGCGGGCCGCCCGCCCCCGGGCUCGCGUCCCCUUUAAGCCUUCCCCAAGCUGGAAUGCGAGAGGAGCAUUUCGGCGCCCUGUGAGGUCAGAUAAAGACACUAUAUUUAUCUAGCCGGUAACCUGAGCCGUGAAUUUCUGCCGUGGCGUUUUUUCGCGGCCCCGCGGCCUUCCAGCGCAGCCCCCUCGGGCCGUUUCGCCCGGUCCCCGGAGGGUGCGGGAGCCCAGCCGUGGGGCGGGUGCUGUCGGCCCCCCGCAUCGCUCAUCUGCUCCGGCCCCAGAGGAAGAGCCCCGGAGGCAGGAUCGGCUCCUGGCUGCGCCGCGCCGCCGUGCCCCGUGAGCAGCCGCUCGCCCGCGGCCGUGCCGGCCGUGCCCCCGUGAGCAGCCGCCGCCCCGCGCGCAGCCGAUGCCUCCGGCGGAGCCUGCGGAGCCCCGGCCUGCAGCAUGUCCCAGCUCUCCUCCACGCUGAAGCGCUACGUCGACUCGUCCCGCUAUGCCGAGACGGCCUACGGCAAGGCGCCCGCCGGCUACAGCUCCUACUCCUCCUCCUAUGGCUCCGCUCUGGCUGCCUCCUACCUGGACAAGGACAAAAUCGGCUUCAAGACCAGCCCCACCACCAGCUACCUGGCCGCCCCCCGCUACCGCCACGCGGGGCUGUCCCCCCCCGGCAGCUACGACGCCGGCCGGCUCUCCCUGUACCCCGAGCCCGGCGUGCGCCUGAGCCCCACGUACAUCCGCAGCCAGCCCCGGCCGCCCGGCAGCGGGGGGCUGAGCGGGGGCGCGUGCUACGCCUUCGCGGCAGCCCCCGGCAGCCCCCCGGGCUACGCGCCCGCCGCGGCCCCCCUCAGCCGCCGCAAAUCCAGCAGCCACUUGGACCUGGCGCGGGAGUUUUCGGGGCUGCACGCCUCGGAGAGCGGCUACGCGCCCGCCCGCGCCCGCCAGGAGCUGGGCACCCUCUACCAGGCGGCCGCGCGCUCCGACUACGUCCGCGACUACCUGGAGACCUACGGGAGGAGGAGCGGCGGCGGUGGCCUCGCCGUGGGGCCCCGCAGCCCCACGCAGGGCACCCCCGGCCCUGCCCUGCCCGCCUCGGCCGCCCGCUACGCCGGCCAGCCCUGCGAGAGCGCCGACGGCCGCUGCGGCGUGCCCGCCUGGGACCCCCCGAGCUCCAAGGCGGUGCAGGGGCUGACCGGCCUGCGCAACCUCGGCAACACGUGCUUCAUGAACUCCAUCCUGCAGUGCCUGAGCAACACCAAGGAGCUGCGGGAUUACUGCCUGCAGAACCAGUACCUGCGGGACCUCAACAACAACAGCCGCAUGCGCACCGCGCUCAUGUCAGAGUUUGCGAAGCUGAUCCAGCUGCUCUGGACCUCGUCGCCCAACGACUGCGUGAGCCCCUCCGAGUUCAAGACGCAGAUCCAGAGAUACGCGCCCCGCUUCGUCGGCUACAACCAGCAGGACGCCCAGGAGUUCCUGCGCUUCCUCCUCGACGGGCUGCACAGCGAGGUGAACCGCGUGCUGGUGCGGCCGCGGGCCGGCACGGACACCCUGGACCACCUCCCCGACGACGAGAAGAGCCGCCAGAUGUGGAGGAGGUACCAGGAGAGAGAGGACAGCCGGAUCGGGGACCUCUUCGUUGGGCAGCUGAAGAGUUCAUUGACCUGCAGUGAUUGCGGCUACUGCUCCACAGCCUUCGACCCCUUCUGGGACCUGUCCCUGCCCAUCCCCAAGAAGGGCUACGGCGAGGUGACCCUCAUGGACUGCCUACGACUCUUCACCAAAGAGGACGUGCUAGACGGGGAUGAGAAACCGACGUGUUGUCGCUGCAAAGCCAGGACAAGGUGCACAAAGAAAUUCAGCAUCCAGAAGUUCCCCAAGAUCCUGGUGCUCCACCUGAAGCGCUUCUCGGAGGCCAGGAUACGGACGAGCAAGCUCACCACCUUCGUCAACUUCCAGCUGAAGGACCUGGACCUGCGGGAGUUUGCCUCGCAGAGCUGCAACCACGCCGUUUACAACCUCUACGCGGUCUCCAACCACUCGGGCACCACCAUGGGGGGACACUACACCGCCUACUGCAAGAGCCCCGUCUCCAGCGAGUGGCACAGCUUCAACGACUCCCGCGUCACCCCCAUGUCGUCGAGCCACGUGCGCAGCAGCGAUGCCUACCUGCUCUUCUACGAGCUGGCCAGCCCCUCGUCCCGCAUGUAGCCGGCCCUGCCGCCCCGGGGACCCCGCGCCGACCGCCGCAGCUCCUCGCCGCCCGUCCUCCUCCGGUGUCUGCUGCUGCUCUCCAGAAACGGGGGCGAAGAGGGGAGAGACCGACGUGGCCACAGCCGAGAAGCCGA